AUCACUGUAUAAACUCAGCAUUAUCUCCUUUCCUCAGUUACCCAAUUCCUUUUGUUCCCGCACUCCCUCCGUUGCAGCUUAACUUUCAGAAAGAGUAGGUUAAAGAGACGGCACCGUUUUGCUGUCCGCCUUGACUGAGCCACUGCUUCGUCUUGGCCCUUGAUUUUGUUCUGUUAAUUUCUCUUACCUUUUACCCAGACCCAGACCCAGACCCAUACAUCUUCAAUGGCGGUGAAACCUACAAAGGCUGAGAAGAAGAUCGCUUACGAUUCGAAGCUAUGCCAGCUUCUGGAUAUGUAUUCACAGAUCCUGGUCGUGAACGCCGAUAACGUCGGAUCCAACCAGCUCCAGAGCAUUCGACAUGGAUUACGUGGCGACUCGGUGGUUCUCAUGGGGAAAAACACGAUGAUGAAGCGCUCUGUUCGGAUUCACGCUGAAAAAACAGGAAACAACGCAUUUCUCAACCUGAUUCCCCUUCUUGUCGGCAACGUGGGAUUGAUUUUCACAAAAGGUGACUUGAAGGAGGUUAGCGAAGAGGUUGCCAAGUACAAGGUGGGAGCUCCUGCCCGUGUUGGUCUGGUUGCUCCAAUUGAUGUUGUUGUUCCUCCUGGCAACACAGGGCUUGAUCCCUCGCAGACCUCUUUCUUCCAGGUGCUCAAUAUUCCAACCAAGAUUAACAAGGGUACUGUUGAAAUCAUUACCCCUGUUGAACUGAUUAAGAAAGGAGACAAGGUCGGCUCUUCUGAAGCUGCAUUGCUUGCCAAACUCGGUAUUAGGCCUUUCUCAUAUGGGCUUGUUGUACUAUCCGUGUAUGAUAAUGGUUCAGUCUUUAGCCCUGAUGUCCUCGACCUUACUGAGGAUGACCUCAUGGAGAAGUUUGCUAUUGGUGUCUCAAUGGUUACAUCUUUGUCAUUGGCCGUUGGAUACCCAACUCUUGCAGCCGCACCACACAUGUUUGUGAAUGCCUACAAGAACGUUCUUGCUGUUGCAGUUGCGACAGAAUAUUCUUUCCCCCAGGCAGACGAGGUUAAGGAGUUCUUAAAGGACCCGAGUAAAUUUGCUGUAGCUGCUGUUGCAGCACCUGCUGCAGCUGCUGCUGCUGCCCCAGCUGCUGCUGCUGCCAAGGAAGAGGAAAAGAAGGACGAGCCAGCUGAAGAAUCUGAUGAUGACAUGGGUUUCGGUUUGUUUGACUAAUUCAUGUCUGCUUUUCUUGGAGUUUGGUACUAGUAUAUUUCAUUUUAGUCUUGUUAGCGCUCUUUCUCAUUCUAGGUGUUAUUGUAGUUUGCUGUUUUCCCUUUGCAUAUAUUCGUUUGACUCGUUUUAUAAUUUUUGAAUUUCCUAGUUAUAAUGCUUUUCUUGGAGUUUGGUACUAGUAUAUUUCAUUUUAGUCUUGUUAGCGCUCUUUCUCAUUCUAGGUGUUAUUGUAGUUUGCUGUUUUCCCUUUGCAUAUUGCGUUGUGACUCGUUUUAUAAUUUUUGAAUUUCCUAGUUUUAAUUAAUUCUGGCUUAACUUUGUGCGUGUCACGGUUAUAACAUUCUUGUUUUGGUUGAAAUAUUACUUAAUUUGCCGUUUUCAACGUAAAUUUUACUAGCUAAUGUUAAUUUCAUGAAUUCAUGUUCCCUAAUGAUUUUAAUUGUGAACUAAGCCGCAGCGUGGGGGUUCAUGACUGGCUAUGUUAGAUCAUGACUUCCACCUACCUGGACAGUGCUAUAAUUUUGUGUUGUGGAGGGGGAGGGAUUGCAUUACUGAUUUUUUUAAAAAAAAAUUAAUUUUCUAAUGUGAAGGUGCUUGAUUAACUGUGCUGUAGUAUUGAUUUGU